AUGCAACGCAACUUACUCUCUCCAUAUCGACCGGGACUUACCCAGUGCCCACCACGCCCCGAUCAGUUCCAUGUUGCCGUAAUCUGCGCUCUCCCACUCGAAGCUGAUGCGGUCAGUGCCUUAUUUGAUCACCACUGGGAUGGCAAUGGCUUCCCGUACGAUAAAGCCCCGGGCGACCAUAACGUAUACUCGGUCGGCGCGAUGGGUCGUCACAACGUCGUGCUGGCCUGGCUGCCUGGCAUGGGAAUAGCCAGUUCUGCUUCUUUCGCAGUUGGUUGCCGUUCAACCUUCCCAAACAUCAAGCUCGCCUUGGUAGUUGGCAUCUGCCGCGUUGUCCCAUUCAAGCCAGAUGGUGGCGAAAUAGUGCUCGGUGAUAUUAUUAUUAGCGAUGGACUUGUCCAGUAUGAUUUUGGAAGACAAUAUCCAGAGGGAUUCGCGCGCAAAGAUACGAUUUUGGACUCGUUGGGCCGGCCAAGCCCUGAGAUACGUGCGCUAUCAGCAAGGCUGAAGAGUAUCCGGCCCCAGGAGAUGUUCCUGUCCAAAGUGUCAGAAUACCUCAGUACCCUCGAAAGCCAUCCUAAGCUUCAAGUCAAGUAUCCAGGCAAAGAAUUUGAUAAACUAUUCAAGCCAAUAUACCGCCACAUCAACGACGAGAGGCCGUGUGAUGAGUGCUGCUGUGAUGACUACCUUGUGCCGCGUGUUAGGCUCCAGCAAUCUGCACCGCAGCCUGCCGUCCAUUUUGGCCUCAUCGCUACAGGAAACGGAGUUAUGAAGUUCGAUUGUCACCGAGAUUCUAUUGCAAAAGACGAUGGCGUUAUAGCCUUCGAGGUGGAAGGGGCCGGGGUGUGGGAUAGCUUCCCUUGUGUGGUGAUCAAAGGUGCUUAUGACUAUGCAGACAGCCAUAAGACUAAGAUCUGGCAGCGGUAUGCUGCGGCUUCAGCAGCUGCAGCCAUGAAAGCUUUUAUAUGCCAAUGGGACAACGUUAUGACGGCCAUGUAUCCCAUCAUGUUGGACUUGAACAGAAAGGUUAGCUUAUGUCGAAGCAUAUCUGAUUCCGGUCUGCUGAUGAAUCUGUUAGAACUACAAGAAUACCAGAGGUCGGUUCUUCAUAUUCUCUACCCUUUUGGCUCCGAAUUCGAGGUCCAAAAGGAUAGAAACCAUGAACGUAUAGCUGGAACCUGCGAGUGGUUCAUCAAACACGAGCGAUUUCAACACUGGCAAGAGACGAAAUGCUCUUCGUUACUCUGGGUUUCAGCUGACCCAUGGUGUGGCAAGUCAGUCCUUGCCAGAUAUCUGGUGGAUGACUUUUGCUCGAAAAAGAGUGGUACAACUUGCUUUUUUUUCUUCAAAGAUGCCCUUCAGGGCCAGAGCGAAGUCACAGACGCACUGCGUUGCCUCCUUUACCAGAUCUUUCACCAACAGCCUACACUCCUUUCGAACCAGAUUGCGUCGCAAAUUAAGGAAGCUAAAAAAUCGCUAAAUUUUCGAGACCUCUGGAGAAUCUUUGUUCAAGUCACAAUGUGUGAAGGUGCUGGGAAUACCAUUUGCAUUCUUGACGCCCUGGACGAAUGCGAGGAGAGAGGCAGAAUUCAACUUCUAAAAGCUUUAAAUAAGCUAUACAACAUCGAGUCACCCAAGUUCUCCUUGAAAAUCCUCGUGACCAGUCGGCCAUAUGCUCUCAUCCACCGGGAGCUGCAAAUUCUCGUGGAUCGUCACCCCAAUAUCCAUUUGAGCGGCGAAGACCAAGUGGAACAAAUAUCUAGAGAGAUUGCUAUUACUAUCCGCGCGCGAUUAAAGGAUAUUACAAGAAUACAUCGGCUGACAAAGGGAGAAGAAUCAACUUUGAUUCAAGAACUUACAAAGCCACAAAAUCGAACGUAUCUUUGGGUUCACCUUAUGUUCGAGGAAUUAAAAAAAGCCACGAUGCUCACCAAGCAUGACCUCAUCACACGUAUUCACAGCCUCCCCAAAACAGUUGAAGAGGCAUACAGUUCGAUACUAGACAGAAGCAACGAUAUUGACAGGACUAGAAAGAUAUUGCAUAUUGUUGUUGCAGCACAAAGAGCCUUGUCUCUUCAAGAAAUGGCUGUGGCUUUAGAUAUUACCUUGAAUCAUCAACCACAUCAAGACCUUCAAUUACCCCAGAAUCUUCGAUCACACCAAGAACUUCAACCGCUCGAUACAGAACGAAUCAAGCGGAACAUCAGAGAAGCUUGUGGACUAUUUGUCGUUAUCAAAGACUCGAAGGUCUAUUUGCUACAUCAGACCGCCAGAGAAUUUCUUGUUAGACCAUUAUCUUCAGCGCCUGUGGAUGAUAACCAGCCAUGGCACUACUCCUUGUGUCCGAUGGACUCAAACAGGAUUCUUGCGGAGAUCUGCAUCUGGUAUCUUCUUUUGGUUGAUUUUCAGAAGAUAUAUACAGCUGCUGAUUUGGAACAAGCAAAUGACCGAUAUCCAUUACUAUCUUAUGCCUCGAAGCGGCCACAAUUUGAUUUUUUCCGCCUUGAAACUCUGUUCUCCCUCCAGGAGGAAAAUCAUAUUUGGUUCCAAAUCUACUGGAAAGAGGAGAAAAAUCUCUGGAUUUAUCCGUCAGGCUUUGAUGCAUUGAUAAUAGCAUCAUACUUCGGCCUGGAGAGCGUGGUCGAGGAACUUCUUGCUGCGAAAGGUUUCAAGACUCGGUUCAAGACUCGGUUCGAGACUUGGCACGGAGAAUUUUCACGGGAUAUUACCUUUGAAAGACCAGCACUAUCGUGGGCCAUUGACAAUGGGCAUGAGUCCGUGGUAGAAUUGCUUUUACACCAAAUUCCAAUGGGCUUGGUAAAAUUCAGAGACUGGCUCCCGGGAUUAUAUACAUGCGUCAACGCGAAAGAUGUAGAUGGGAACACCCCGUUGUUAAUCGCCAUUAGUCACAGCUAUGAUGAAAUUGCCCGUCAAUUGACAAAAAAAGGAGCCGAUAUCGAAGCUAGGGAUAAGCAUCAAAAGACACCGCUAGCAAUUGCUGCUUCUUGGAGGGGCUCUGAUGGGCAAUGGAUCGAUAUUGUACAGCUCUUGCUAGAGAAGGGAGCUGGUAUUGAGGCUAGGGAUAAGAAUCAGAGAACGCCUCUAGCACUUGCUUCUAAUUGGGGCUACACAGAUAUUAUUCGGCUGUUGCUGGAGAAUGGAGCUGAUAUUGAAGCUAGGGAUGAAGAUCAGAGAACGCCUCUAGCAACUGCUACUUUUUGGGGCCAUAGCGAUGUUGUCCAGCUGUUCCUAGAGAAGGGAGCCGAUAGUAAAGCGAGGAAUAAGUAUAACGAGACGCCGCUACAAAUUGCUACGGGCCAUAGGGAUAUUACUCGGCUGCUAUUGAAGAACGAGGUAGGAACGGAGCGACCCUCUAGGUAA